AUGCCGUCUUCCAAAGAAAUACGCAUUUAUUCGCUGCUGGUAAUAGACACUGCUUUCUUUCUGCUGGAGCUGAUAGUGGGCUAUACGGUGCACUCUCUGGCGCUGGUGGCCGACUCGUUUCACAUGCUUAACGACAUCAUCUCGCUGCUAGUCGCUUUGUGGGCCGUAAAUGUGUCCAAGACAAGAGAAGCUGACUCCAGAUAUACUUACGGUUGGCAAAGAGCCGAAAUUUUGGGGGCCUUGAUCAACGCCGUCUUCCUCUUGGCGCUUUGCUUCACCAUUUCGAUCGAGUCAAUACAGCGGUUUAUUUCUCCAGAGAUUAUAACGAAUCCACAGCUUAUUCUAGCGGUUGGAUCUGCAGGUUUAGUUUCAAAUUUGGUUGGAUUGGUGCUGUUUCAUGAGCACGGUGGCCAUUCCCAUUCUCAUAGCGGCGGUAACACCGAAGCUACGGGCCAUUCGCACUCACAUGGGUCUCACGUGGACUCUGAGCCUCACGAUGACGACUCUUCUGCAGAUAUAAGUUCGAUUUGGCCGGCCGCGGUGGUUUCAAGGCUAGAUACCGAACGCACAGGGUUGCUUGACUCGGUUCAUGACAAUCACAAUCACACCAUAAACAGCUCAAAGGCCAAGAAUCCCGACGGAAAAUCCCUCAACAUGCAAGGUGUUUUCUUGCACGUUCUCGGAGAUGCUCUGGGAAAUGUUGGAGUGAUGUUGACAGCACUUUUCAUCUGGAAAACGGAUUACUCUUGGCGUUUCUACGCGGAUCCCACUGUUUCUCUGCUGAUCACCAUCAUCAUAUUUUCAUCAGCAUUGCCAUUGUGUCGAACCUCUUCGCGAAUCCUGCUACAAGCCACUCCUUCGAACGUGGUGUACGACGACGUCAAAACGGAUAUCUUAGGAGUGCCUGGUGUGUGCUCCGUCCAUGACUUCCACAUUUGGAACUUAACCGAGAAACUUUUCAUCGCAUCGCUUCACGUUGAGCUUUCCACGUCGCCAGAGGAGUUCUUGCAGGUAGCUGCCACUAUCAAGACAUGUUUACACGCUUACGGUAUUCACUCCGUCACUAUACAACCAGAGUUUAGCCUAUACUAUGCCAGCAAGGACAAUCUGCCCAAGAGCUAUCUUCCCAGCAAAAGUGUCAGCAACUCGAGACUACCUGAUCUGGGAUCUGCCGACCAAACGGGAUACGGGUCCCGUGAUGAGACGAGUUGUAUGGUGGACGCGGCUGUCGGGUGCAACUUAGAUAGUUGCUUGAAAAGUCUGUGA